CAGAGCUCAUCAUCACACCACAUGAAGUCAUUUACUUAUCACCUACUCCCUACUAGAGUACUAUGCUAAGUGAGGAGGACAGAGAAAUUAAUGUCAAAGAUAAUCCUUGUCUCCACAGUAUACUGUGUAGCUUAAGAAUAGUUCUUAGUUGAAUGAAAGUUAACUGAAACAACUGGUGUGCACUUCUUUUGAAUAAAAACCAUCAACUUCUUUCACUUAAGUUUCCUCCUGAACUCCAACAUUUCAGGAGGAAGAGGUCACUUUCUAGUCACCUUUGCAAUCUUUGCCAAAGGGUGCCUAACUUGGAACAAUGCAUGGCACAUUCAGUGUCUGUUGAAUACAAGUAAAGCUCAAAGUAUCUGGACUAUCUUUCAUUAUCUCUUGAGUUAAAGACCUGGUUAACAACUCACAGUCCCAAGGGCAACAACUUUUUAAAGGCUCACCUAACAAGCUUCAGGAUCCCUGCCUGAGUAGCUGACUUCGGCAGUAUAUGGGAAUACUAAUCACCGGAAGAAAUACUCAAUAGCGAGAAAUAACCAAGGAAAAGCACUACCCUCCAAAAAAAAAUUGAACUACUAGGAAGACAACGCUGGAUCUGAGCACCCUGUCAGUCGCUUCCGCGUGGGCCGACUAAGGUUCUAAAACUCGCCGCCUCCAGGAGGGCGGCCACGUGCACAAAAAUUAGCUGUAAACUCCGUGCCCAGUCUGGCCGGGAGAAUUGCUAAAACCGACCUACCGUUAACACCCUAGCUACUCGAAAACUAGCAGAGCUGUAAUCAAGUAACCCCAGAAAAGACGCACAGAGCCGACGCUGCAGGUGUAACCCUUCUACCUUGCAAACGGGGCCUGGGAUCCGGUUUCUCUCUUCUUCCUCCACCUCCUCUGCAGUGGCGCGAGGCUUAGCUGGCGGUUUGGCAUCUUUUUCGUUUCUUUUUGGCUUCUUCGCCUGAACUGCCAAGCCUCCACGCCGUUUCCUCUUGGUUGCUGCCAUCUUGUCUAGCCUCCUGCGCUCUUGGCCUUCUUUCCGGUGUGGCCGCUCGCUCCUUUUUCCGAUCUCUAUGGUUCGGCGGCUCUAAGCGCUCGGUUCAGCGAUAGUCCUCCAGCUCUGUGGUGCCUGCCUGUUUCCGGUCUUGAAGGCGCUGCAUGCUUGGCUCUCUAGGCUGCAUUCAGCUCUGUGGUGACGGUGGCUGAGGUGGAGGGCCGAGCUGAAAAGUGUAGGGACCCGCUUCCCUUCCUCCGCGGUUUUUCUGAGCCGUCUUGCUACCUCUCAGGGACUUUGCCAGGAAGGGCUCUCGGGCGUCCAGACCCCACUGCAAAGGUAUUUGGCGAUCCGCGGGAGCAGGUGUUGGCCCCAGAAGCAUCCCUCGGGGCCGAAUGUGCAGCGGACAAUGCCCCUUCUGACCCAACAGAUCCAAGACGAGGAUGAUCAGUACAGCCUUGUGGCCAGCCUUGACAACGUUAGGAAUCUCUCCACUAUCUUGAAAGCUAUUCAUUUCCGAGAACAUGCCACGUGUUUUGCAACUAAAAAUGGAAUCAAAGUAACAGUGGAAAAUGCAAAGUGUGUGCAAGCAAAUGCUUUUAUUCAGGCUGGAAUAUUUCAGGAGUUUAAAGUUCAGGAAGAAUCUGUUACGUUUCGAAUUAAUUUAACUGUCCUUUUAGACUGUUUAUCUAUUUUUGGAUCAAGUCCUAUGCCAGGGACUUUAACUGCUCUUCGGAUGUGUUACCAAGGUUAUGGUUACCCUUUGAUGCUGUUCCUAGAAGAAGGAGGUGUGGUGACAGUCUGCAAAAUCAAUACGCAGGAACCUGAGGAGACCCUGGACUUUGACUUCUGCAGCACCAAUGUUAUUAAUAAAAUUAUUCUGCAGUCAGAGGGGCUCCGUGAAGCAUUUUCUGAAUUGGAUAUGACGAGUGAAGUCUUACAAAUUACGAUGUCUCCUGACAAGCCUUAUUUCAGGUUAUCUACUUUUGGAAAUGCAGGAAGCUCCCACCUUGACUAUCCCAAAGAUUCUGAUUUGAUGGAAGCAUUUCAUUGUAAUCAGACCCAAGUCAACAGAUACAAGAUUUCCUUACUGAAACCCUCUACAAAGGCAUUAGUCCUAUCUUGUAAGGUAUCUAUUCGGACAGAUAACAGAGGCUUCCUUUCAUUGCAGUAUAUGAUUAGAAAUGAAGAUGGACAAAUAUGUUUUGUAGAAUAUUACUGCUGCCCUGAUGAAGAAGUUCCUGAAUCUGAAUCUUGAAUAUGACAAUUCAUUGAUACUUAUGUGUACAUAAAUGAAGUUCUUAUUCUGAGUACAAUACUCUUUAUAAUUUCAUAUUGGAUUUUCUAUAGAGAAGAAGCAUGGGGAAGAUAGGAGCAAGGUUGUGUACCCCAAUCAUUACUAUGUGUUUUGUAAAUAGCUUGUAGAGGGCACGUAAAUAAAUGUUUUCAUGUAGUCAUAGAUUAUUCAGGACUCCCCUGUAGUUCUUUCUGAAUUCAUGAGAAUAAUUGUGAGCCAUGAGAAAUAAUGUUUUAUUUCAUUAGAACUUUCCAAGAAUCUAAAGACUGAAAGUUUGAUGCAGAUACCUAAAAUAUUCUUUUAUUUAUUUACUAUUAGAAUAAGGAAAGGCAUAUGGGCAUUGCUUCUUAGUUUGACUUCUAGAGACUAGAUCUUAAAGCAGUGGUUCUCAAAGUAUUGUGCCUGCUCCAACAUCAGAACUGACUGCAAACUUGUAGCAAACUCUGGGGAGGAAGCCAGCAUUCUGUAUUUUAAAAGGCUUCCCUCAGGAGAUGCUGUUGCAUGCUAAAUUUUGGGAACCACUGUUUUAAAGGAAACUUUAAAAAAAAAAAAUUGAAGUGAUUGCUUUUACAUGUCAUUUCCUUGCAAAUGUUCUGAAGUUGCAUCACCAAACAAGUCUGAAAAAUUCUUUAUGUGAUUCAUUUUUAUAGUAGACUUUUGAAGAGAUCUAUGAAUGGGAUAUAAAACAGUUUUCAGAGUUACAGGUUUUCUUCUUGUUCUCAAAACUGUUCACUGCAGUAAGUACUUAUUAGAUACUUUGCAUUUGCCUCUGAGUUUCUUGACAAAUCAAGGUGUAAAAACACAGUUAUAAGGGAUUUUGUACUUUUCUGGUAGUUGUCACUAAAAUAAUUUUUGUGGCAUAUAAAUAUUUUUAUAUUUGAUAAAAUACAACACUAAAA